AUGGGUGCAUCAGGAUUAGGUUCUGCUUUAGCAAAAUGCAUUAAUCUCUCAAAUUUGAUACUUGAACUUCGUGGCAAUGAAAUUGGUGAUGAAGGUGCAUCAGGCUUAGGUUCUGCUUUAGCAAAAUGCAUUAAUCUCUCAAAUUUGACACUUUAACUUCAUGGCAAUAAAAUUGGUGAUGAAGGUGCAUCAGGCUUAGAUUCUGGUUUAGCAAAAUGCAUUAAUCUCUCAAAUUUGACACUUGACCUUUGUGGCAAUAAAAUUGGUGCAAUGGGUGCAUCAGGCUUAGGUUCUGCUUUAUCAAAAUGUAUUAAUCUCUCAAAUUUGACACUUGACCUUAGUGGCAAUGAAAUUGGUGAUGAAGGUGCAUCAGGCUUAGGUUCUGCUUUAGCAAAAUGCAUUAAUCUCUCAAAUUUGACACUUGACUUUUGUGGCAAUGAAAUUGGUGAUGAAUGUGCAUCAGGCUUAGGUUCUGGUUUAGCAAAAUGCAUUAAUCUCUCAAAUUUGACACUUUAACUUUAGUAAAAACAGUUUAUUUGUUUUGGAUU